UCCUAGUGUGGGGCUACGUAGUACUCCUAUAUUAGCUAGGGUUCCAAGGCUGCCGUCGGGCCCCAAGAUCGCGCACCAACACCGCUACGUACGCAUCCGCACGAUGAGCUCCGCCGCCUACGUCCUCGUCACCGCCGACGACCACUCCGACGACGAGCUGGAGGCAGUGGAGUCUGUGGAGAGACCUGCAGACGCCGCCGGGCCGGAAGUACAGCCGGACCCCCCCGCCGUCACCAAGGAGGAGGAGACGACGAGCGGCGACGCCGACGAGGCCGGCGCCUUCUUCGUCCUCUGGUGGCUGUCGGCCCUGUGCGUGGUGCUCGGGCUGUGGGCGCUGUGCCGCGCCUCCUCGCCGGCGUCGCCGUCCGCCAUCGUGUGGACGCUCUCCUCCGUCGUGUGCGGCGCGCUCGCCGGCUGGGUCGGCGUCUUCUCGGGGGUCGGCGCGCUCGCCGCCAUCUUCCGCGUGACGUACGUCGCGCUGGUCGCCUACACCGUCGACAGUCACCUGAGCGCCACCGCCGGGCUGAUCGUCAUCUUCUCCAACGCGGUCGCCACCGCCGCCUUCUUCGGCUACUACCUCGCUGUGUACCAGCGCGGUGACACCAACACGCCGCCGCCGCCGCCACCGCCGGAGAGGUCCAGUUCACCGGUGCAAGGUGAUGAGCUCGUCUAGUUGCCAUGCAAGACAAGCCAAUGAAUUAAGAGAAUUUAGAUGGAGCCGAGUGGUUGGUUUUCGUGUAGGUUAUCAAAUUUAUCCAUAAUUUGUCCCUUUAUAUAUUCGAUGGCAUUGCCAUCUGCAAUCCUGGUUUCUUUUGACAAUAUGCUAGUUUCCUAGUUUGGUAUUUUUCAUAAAGAAAAAAAUGCAGGGAAAUUGCCAUCCAUUUUACAUAUAAACUCUGAACCCAUCUUUUGUUUGUAUGAAUUGGUCGAAGAACAUAGGAUAGAGGUUUCAAAAUUCAAAGUCCUUAUUUGCGAGCAAACUCAUUUUAGCUCUCGCUCGGAACACAAGAAUCUUUUAAAAUUUUCAAAUUCCUCCAAACCGAAUAGAUCCUCGUACUUAUCAGAAUAACCACAUCUAAGCCAUCCUUUCUAUUGGAUGAAACAAAGGCGAGUGCUAUGUAUAAAUGUGAGGGCUAUGUGAGAGCUACAUGAAAUUUUUUGACUGGGCCUGAAAAUGUUUUGAUUGAUCGCUGAGGACCAU